AUCAUAGCCAAACAAGCGUAGAUGGCCUGUUUUUGUAGUUUAACAAACUGGAAAAGAACAUAUUCUCAAAGACUAUUGAAAACAACGACACUAUUUAUUUCCCAUCAUAAGAAAUAUGGUGGACAACCCAUCACCUCAACAACCAACUGGAUAGGAGGACACCGACCCUAUUGCUUUACUUUUCCACGACAAAAAUACACAAGUAGUUCCAAAAUUAUUCAACCUUGUUCAUCAGCGUUUGAAAAACUAUGGACUUGCGAUGGAAUAGAAGAGUACUGUUUGAAGAGUAAUGGUUUACAAGUGUUGUUGAAAACAGAUUCCACUGCUCCCGUUGCCACAGUUAUGGUAACUUAUCGAGUGGGAUCGAGAAACGAAUCAGUAGGAGAAACAGGAUCGACUCAUCUAUUAGAACACUUGCUGUUUAAGGGAUCUAAGAAUUACCAUCGCGAGAAUGGCAAAGCUAUGAACACUUUGUUAGAGAAUAUAGGUGCCAUAGUGAAUGCGAACACUUGGUUGGAUAGAACGAGUUAUUAUGAACUGUUACCCAAAGAGUAUGUAGAAGAAGCAUUGAAAAUGGAAGCAGAUAGAAUGCACGGUGCUUUGUUGAGACAAGUUGACUUGAACAAAGAAAUGGUGGUCGUUCGAAAUGAAUAUGAGAAUGAUGAAAAUGACCCUAUAGCAACGUUGGAUAAGGAGAUUUGGGCAACCGCUUUUCAAGCACAUCCUUAUCAUCACCCAACUAUUGGUUGGCGUUGGGAUAUGGAAAAUAGUCAUGCAGAACGAUUAAGAAAGUUUUAUCAACGUUUCUAUCAUCCUAACAAUGCAACAUUGAUAUUAGUAGGUGAUAUUCAAAUAGAACAAGUAUUGCAGUGGAUUGCCAAGUAUUUUGGAGAUAUUGCACCUUCCAAGUUGCUUAUUCCUCAACAAGUUACGGAAGAACCUCCACAAAAAGGUCCUCGUAGGCUGGUUGUACGUAGAAUAGCAAAUGAAGCUGUCAUAGGAAUGGCAUGGAAGAGUCCACGUGGAAUGCAUAGAGACUCUCUUUGUCUAUCCUUGUUGGCAAAUAUCUUAUCUCAUGGAAAAAACAGCAGGCUUUAUCAAAGACUGGUGGAUUCUGGUAUGGUCACUGUUGUCAAUGGUUGGCAAAGUUCUUUUCGGGAUCCUGGUCUGUUUUUCAUCUAUGCUUGUAUGGGUAAACAAAUAUCCAUUGCCCAAGUUGAACAACAAAUUCUAGAAGAGAUAAAGGCAAUCAAGCAAUCUGGAGUAACUUUGGAAGAACUGGCCACUGCAAAGACUUGUAUGAAUGCUAGUUUGUAUUAUGGUAGAGAUGGUACUUUAGGUUUUGUAGAAAACUUGAAUGAAGCAAUGUCUAUGGGAGAUUGGAAAUAUAUGACUCAAUUGCAUGCAUAUAUGGAACAAAUAAGUAUCGAUGAUAUUCAAAGGGUAACAAAGAAAUAUUUUGUUUCCAAUCAAAGUACAGUUGGAUGGUUGGAACCCCAACAAGCAUCAUCAUUACAUUUGGAAGAAUCGAAUGACAGCCAUUCUUUAGAGGAAUCGCAUUCAUUCCAUAGAAUGAAUUUACAUGCUUCAUUAUCACAUUCUGGAGAAAAUUCCUCAUCAACUCAUCCAUGGAUACUUUUGCCUCAAACGGUUCAACAUCCCAAAGUACAAAUGGCAUCUCAAGUAGUUGUUUUGGAGCCCUGUGAUGGAAUCAAUCUUGUUGUUAUGAAGACAUCUCUUCGACAAGUUGUGAGAAUAAAAGGUUCUUUGAUAGGAGGUGAGGAACAUGGUAGACAAGGAAGUUGGAAUAAUCUCGUGCUUUCCGAUGUGAUGGUAGAAAUGUUGGGUUUGAGAACUGAGCAUUAUGAGCAUAAAUAUGAAAUAUCGAGAAUGUUACAAAAUGUGGGUGCAGGAAUAUCCUUUCAUAGUCAGAGUCGACGUUUGUGUUUUGAAGCUGUUUGUUUAAAGGAAAACUUGUCAUUGGUAUUAUCUCUUUUAUCAGAACAGUUGCGUUUUCCCAUCUUUUUGCCACAAGACUUCGAAAUGGUACGCAGUAGGCUCGCAGAUGAAAUAGAGUCUUGUAAAGAUAAUACCACUCAAGUAGCAGAAGAACACUUUUUUGCUGAAAUGUAUCCUUUUGGACAUCCAAAUUAUGUAUAUCGAUCGAAAGACUAUUUGGAAGCUUUGCAUCGAGUAACCUGUGAUGACGUUGUAGACUUUCAUAGCAAAUAUGGUCUUGGUGGUUUACGUUUGGUUGCUGUUGGUGAUAUUCCUAUGGAGGUGUUAUCAACACAAGUUUGCCAAUAUUUUGGCGAUUGGAAACGAAACCAAUUUUUAAACUAUUUUGAGAACAGCAAAGAAGGAAAGCUGUAUUAUGCAAAGUCUAUUCCACCCGAUGGAAUACGUCGUUUUAUUGAAUUACCUGAAAAAGAAAGCGUAGAUGUGUUGGUAGGUCAGCCUAUUGGUAUUUCAGAAAGUCAUCCAGAUUAUUAUGCCAUAUUGAUGGCAAUGCAUAUUUUGGGUGGAAAUGGAUCCAGUCGUUUGAUGCAACGGAUAAGAGAACAACAAGGACUGACAUAUGGAAUAUAUGGAGGAGUGGGAGGUACUGCAUAUGGAGCUGAUGGUUAUUGGAAUAUACAUGGAACCUUUUCUCCGGCAUUGAUUUCUAAAGGAUUGGCUGCUAUUCAAAGAGAAUUGGAUCAUUUCGUUCAAAAUGGAAUAGAAGAAUGGGAAUUGCAAGCCAAAAAGGCAACGAUACAAGGUAACUUUCAAGUGGGACUGGCGACUAGUAAAAGUAUUGCAUCGGUUAUCAUACAGACAUUGGAUCAAGAAAGGUAAUCCCAAAAAUAUAUUUGGUUAUCAUCUC